AUGACGAAAUUUGUGUCGCACCUGUUGCUCGCUGCAGUAUUGAUAUCUGCUGGUAACUCACAGAUUCCUUUACCUAAACGUCCGCUGGGUUUUGUCUAUAAAGGAGGCGAGCCGACUGCACCAAUUCACUUGGAAGCAUUUGUUGAUUUGACUUGCCCGGAUUGUCAACAAGCAUGGCCGACUCUCAAAAAAGUCGCAGAUAUGUACGGUCCUGAAACUGUCCAGUUUACCUUGCAGUUGUUCCCGUUGCCAUAUCACACAAAUGCAUUCCUAGCGGCACAGGUGAGUUGAAAAAAUAUAUAUCGGCUUGUCUAUACUCGCAUCAUCGAAGUUAUGUAACAUGUAACGUUACAACAGCCCUAGAUCAUGAACAGAGGUAACACAUUUGGGUAAGAAGAAUUCUAAGGUUACUUUAAAGGAAAACCUUAACUCUAGGCACCCUCAUUCUUUGACGUUAUUUAGCAUGCGCAUGCAAUUUUUCGUCGCAGGAUUUUCAAUUUUUAUAAACCUCCGUGACAUGACGUAAAUAAACAAGCUUAUAUAUCGCAACUUGGAGACAACAAAGUGUAGAAGAUCUUGGAAGUAAAAAAGCUCUAGAUACUCACCACUCAUUUUCAUUUUCCAUUUCCCAUUUUCCAUUUUCCAUUUUCCAUUUUCAUUUUCCAUUUUCCCUGUACAGUUUCAUAAACCAUUUAGUCAUGUCAGAGCUGAAAAACUGAUUUUGAAAAUUUUGAAAAUGGCUAAGACUGUUAAACCCCAAAAACCUAAAUCUUAGUAUGAUGCACCAAAACUGGUAGCAGUACUGCAUCAUAACAAAAUUUUGGUUCCAUAGGUAUCUUGUGGUCUAAUCAUCUUCUGAAAUUUACCUUUCCCCUUUCUCCACUUAAAUGAUUGCCUGUGACUAUGUGACAGAAAUUUAAGCACAAAUAGUCAGUAGACUGAGAAUUAUCUUCAUUCACGCUAAAGGAUUAAGCUAAGUCAUCUUGUUUUGGGAUCAGGCAGUUAAUUGAAUCACUAUCCUUCAAACAUGAAGCAAUAGACUAUUACAAAAAAAGAAUUUGACAGAAUAUCUUCCAAACAACAGUCCAUUAAUCAGCAAUAACUAUUAAACACUAAUGAAAUAUAGAAAUAAUCUAAACUGCCUAUGCUGUGGGUGAAAGAAAAACUACUUCAGAAGUUAGAAAUCAACUUGUUUGCUUUCUAACGCUUGAUUGCUAAUGGAACAAACUCAGAUAUCUAAACAGUGAUUUACAAAAAUAAUUUUGCAAUAAAACUCUGCAUUAGCUUGCACAACCACUGGUCCUAUCCAAGUGUUAUGACUUGCAUGCACACAAAUUGCUCAAUCUAGGAAGAGACCUCAUCACUAUUAUAUCAAGAUUCAUAUUAAUGAGAUUGAUUUUCACUAAUUGUAGGUUAACAAAUAAAUAUAUAUAUACAUAUCAACAAAGACAUUGUGCUAUUUUUAUUGCUACCAUGAAAUGAUAUAUAGUUUAAUUUCUCAGAGCUACUUAUAAAUCACAUAUAACUUUCCAAAUUUUUUAAGAGUGUAUUUUAUAUUUAUUUCAUGAUUCAACUAUUGGAUGGUUGGUUUUUAUAACAAAUUUUACUGCAAAGUUUUGGUAACACUGUGUUAUCUAAAUAUACUGCAUCCCGCAUUGAAGUGUUAGAAACAACUUUGAUUAAUUUUCAGAGUGUUUAUGCUGUGGAGGCUUACAAUACUUCCCUUGUGAUAAGCUGGAUGGAUGUCAUAUUUGAGAACCAGAACCAACUCUAUGAUUUCCAGACUAUGGACAAAAACAGAUAUGAUGUCAUAAAGUAAGCUUUUUCUCAGUAACAGAUUUUUUUAAUAUUAGACUUCCUAUCACUUUGAAUGAAAGCGUAAUCCUAACUGGCUUCUUUAUCCUUAAAACCACAAUUCCAAAAUCCUCAGCUGCUGAGUUUAGAAAUGCAAGAUUUUUUUGUUGCACAUGCAAUUUUGUUCACUUUUUCCUUAAUUUUUACAAACUCUUAACACCCAGGCCAAUGACGUUGCAUCAUUUUCUCUUUUCUCUCAUACCUGUAGCAUCAUUGCUGAUUUAGGAAGUAAAAUUGACAUUGACAAGACUGUUAUCAAGGAUGGACUUACAAACACAGAAUAUAAUGAACAUACAAAAAUUUCUUGGAAAUAUGGUUGUUCAAGUAAGUUUAGGACUUGUUAAGUGCUCAGCUAGUCAAAUUACAUUAAGAUCAGUGAUAAACCUAAUUUCAGAUCUAAGUAAUACAAAUCUGUAGUUUAUAUUAUGUCAGCCCAAAAUAUUUCAAAUCAUACCAUCAACUGUAACAGACUAAUUUUACCUUAGCAGCUUGUGUAAGAUGUUAUGCCAUUAGUUUCAGUGAUUUUACAAUGCUUGUUUUUGCUUGGUACUCUCCAAGCAUCUGCUAUUUAAAUUGAUAACAGACCCAAGUUACUGAGUGACUUUAAAUCUGUUAUGAUAAAACAACGACAAUGAUCAAAUUAACAAAACACAAAACGGAUGAUCAAACAUCAACCAAAUAUCUGUCAACUCUGGCCAGGCUUAGCUUGUAGGCCUGGGGCUAAUUAAUUUAUUUCCCUAGAAAUAUGAACCACUCAUAGCACUGUAACUGACUACAGUCCUCAAGAAAACCCUUAAAAAUGUCCAAUUGUGGAAUGGGAAAUGUAAUGUAUACUUUAUUGACUGUUCCUACGAUGGAGCUUUUCACAUUGUAAAUAAGCCUAAAUUGUUACAAAUCCCAACUUAAGCCAGAGGUAGAUCAGUUGGCUAAAAUUACAAAGUGCAGCUAAGGAGUUAAACCUGGGGCAAAUGAGAACAAAUCCAGUGAGUCACAGCAUGGAGGUCUUUAACUCAUGACCAACAGAUUUCAAGCCUAGUGCCCUAACCUAUGACUGGGCCAGACUGCCUUCAUCAAUGAUGACACUAUAUGAUAAUCUCUCACACUCCCAGGAGUAAAUUGAGUAAAAAUAAAGAGUUUGUGAGAUGGGAUAAGAGUUACAUAGUUACUCAGUAUUUGUUUGGAUAUGUAUUGUGGUUCAAAUUAUCCUUGGUUUGAGAUUUUUCAAAUAAGGUUUGAGUUUAUUUUUCUUUGUGUUAUAUUCACUGUUUUAAUCUAAAACUUUUGUGGGAUUUGGAAGUCACACUUUUUGAUAAAAUGUAAGCUAUGAACUGCAACAUUAACUGUCAUGACAACAUUGAAUUAACUUUCUAUACCACCAGAGAGAUUGUUGGACAUUAUUUUCAUUUCUGUUUGUUUCAGGGACAGUUUCUGGAACUCCAUUUUUCUUCUUGAAUGGGGUUUUUGUUAGCCAGGCAUCUGCUGCUUGGACUGUGGAGGAAUGGAAACAGCUCAUUGAUCCUCUACUGAAGUUAGAUGUUCGGUAA